AUGGAAACACAUAUAAGUACGCACUCAACUGGUCAAUUGGCCGCCUCGUUUGCCGUCAUCCCUGUGAAUCCAGGUGAUCUGAAGAUUCCCGUCUUCAAUCUCUCGCACUAUGCGACUUCGGAGCAUCGAGUUCGAUGUUUCUGUCCCGAGUGCGGUGCUAAUGUCAUGGAUUUCGAGCAGUCCGAUGGGAUGUGGCGCAUCUGUACGGGUAUCAUGGAUGAGACCCAGGGUCUGUUGAAAAGAGACCAGAUAUGGCUCGAGGAUACGUUGGAUGGAGGGCAGGCGCUGUGGUUGGAGGGUAUUGGCGAAAGAUUUAUGGUUGGGAACGGAUCAGAGGUCGUGCAGCAAAAUCAUGCAAUCUUCAAAGCCCCGAAUCCGGUGUCGCCAAUCAUGUCGGAGGAGCGCCUGCUUGGUCGCUGCCACUGUGGAGAGGUCGAAUUCGGCGUCGGAGCUCCCCCUACUGGUGAGCGAUAUGAUGCAGGAAUUGAUACAUGCACUUCUUGUCGUCUCACCACAGGAUUCGAGCUUACUGCUUGGACUUCCGUACCCUUGGAAAAGGUUCAGAUGACAUCUGGGGCACCACUUAAUCUGUCUAUGAAUAGUCUCAAGAGAUAUUCCAGCAGUCUGGGAGUGCAGCGAUAUUUCUGUGAACAUUGUGGGGCAACCAUUUUCGUGGGCAAGGAUGAUCAAAGCUGGAUUGAUAUUGCUGUGGGCCUGUUUAGGGCAGAUGAAGGGGCUCGAGCUGAAAGAUGGCUGAAGUGGAAUGAAGUUGGUUUUCCUGAUGAAGCCACAGACCAAAACCUUAUCACGACCCUCAGGAAGGGAUUGAAAGCAUGA